AUGGUAUUUAGGCCAUCUCGAGAUCGAUGGAGCGAAGCAACAGAUGCCCCAGAUAAUAAACAUGAUAUAGGAAAAGUUUUGUCAUAUGAUCAAGAAUUUUCUCUUUGUGAACGUCCAGGUUCUAAAAUCGAGAAUGAUACAAAAUUUUUUUCAGAUAUCCUUAAGGUCCUAAAAACGCUCAGAGACAUGCGCAAAAGCCUUGUUAAAGAGGUUGAAGCAAGAUUUGAUAUCCCUACAUCUUAUGGUGAAAUUGGGACGGUUGUUAAGAUUGCACAUGUUACGUUGCAAAUUAAGGAAAGAGCAGAAAAAUAA